AAGUGGUGUGCAACGUGGGCCAGCGGCAGAGUUUGGGAGCGUGUGGCGUAGGAAGAUUUGGUGCAUAGAGAUACUGAGUCAGUUUGCUUCCAUCGUUAAUUCUUAAAUAUGGGGCGAAGGAAAAGCAACCGGAAGCCGCCUCCAAAGCGGAAAAAUAUUGAGCCACUGGACUUGUUGUUCAACUGCCCCUUCUGCAACCAUGAGAAAAGCUGUGAAGUGAAGAUGGACAAGGCGCGCAACUCUGGCCGCGUGACCUGCCGUGUCUGCCUGGAGGACUUUCAGACCAACACCAACAUCCUCUCGGAGCCGAUCGACGUGUAUAACGACUGGAUUGACGCCUGUGAGAACGCCAACUGACCCCGGCCCCGUGGCGGAGCUGGUGCCGCCCGCCGCCGGCGUCGCGCUUGCCCCCUUACCCGGGAGCUCACACGCAGCUGCCGGCCGCACCAGAGGGUGGCGCUGGCGGCGGACCGCCGGCUGACGGCUGGCAGGGAGGCCACGCGGCC